GCAAGCGGGAUCCGCGCUGCCUUCACCGCUGAGCUGGGCCGGCCUCUCCCCGCCUCUCCGCGGCCCCAGCCCCUGGCGAGCAGCGGGGGCCUGAGUUCCCCCUUCCUGAGUGAGGAGCCUUCACAAGAGGGCCUGUGGGGAACCCAGGGCUGUAUGAUGGUGAUGGCUGGCUGGCACCCUGGGUCCAGAGGGUGGGGUGCCAGUCUCUCCCCACCAGAAACAGCUCCAGAGUGCCACAGGGACUCUGGGCUCACCCACCUUCGGAAAUAGCUUCCUCUGUCCUCUCAGGGCCUAUCUGAAGAGCAUGCUGCCCCCGCGUUCCCCGCCUGGCCUCGCCACCCCUGCUCCCCCAGCCUGACCCCCGGGCCCCAGCAUGGCCCAGGGUGCCAUGCGCUUCUGCUCGGAAGGCGACUGUGCCAUCUCCCCUCCACGAUGUCCACGCCGUUGGCUCCCCGAAGGCCCUGUGCCCCAGAGCCCCCCAGCCAGCAUGUACGGCAGCACAGGCUCCCUGCUGCGGCGGGUGGCAGGACCAGGUCCCAGGGGCCGGGAACUGGGCCGUGUGACAGCACCCUGUACGCCCCUGCGUGGUUCCCCCUCACCCCGCGCUGCUCCCUCACCCUGGGCACCCUCUUCACCCCCGGGGCAGCCUCCACCAGGGGCCCGGAGCUCUGUGGUCAUCUUCCGCCUUGUGGAGAAGGCCAGUGUGAGGCCACUGAAUGGCUUGCCGGCUCCUGGAGGCCUGAGUCGGAGUUGGGACUUGGGUGGGGUCUCUCCUCCCAGACCCACCCCAGCCCUUAGGCCUGGCUCCAACCGGAAGCUGCGGCUGGAGGCUUCCACUUCCGACCCGCUUCCAGCUGGAGGACGUUCUGUCCUGUCUGACAGCCCAGGCCCCUUAACUGGCCCCCCCACCCCACCCCAGGUUGGGGCAGAUGGCCUUUAUUCCUCUCUCCCCAAUGGGCUCGGGGGUCCCCCUGAGCACCUGGCCACGCUAUUACGAGGACCUGCCAACACCGGACUCCUGAACCAGGGGGACACCUGGUUCUCCCCCCGGGAAGUUUCUUCUCACGCCCAGAGAAUCGCUCGAGCCAAAUGGGAAUUCUUCUAUGGCUCCUUGGACCCCCCCAGCUCAGGUGCUAAGCCCCCAGAGCAGAGCCCCCCAUCUCUGUCCAGGGUGGGCUCAGGGCAGGGCUCUGGGGUGGCUGUGGGGAGAGCCACGUACUCGGAGACAGACCUGGACACAGUGCCCCUGAGGUGCUACCGAGAGACGGAUAUCGACGAAGUGCUGGCUGAGCGGGAGGAGGCCGACUCUGCCAUCGAGAGUCAGCCCAGCUCCGAAGGCCCGCCUGGCACAGCCUGCCUACCUGUGCCACGUCCUGGCCCGUGCCCUGGCCCUCAGCCCAGCAGCGGCAGUGAGGAGGAGGAGGAGGAGGAGGCAGGCGGGGAAGAGGAUGUGGAAGAUGAAGUGUUUGAGGCCUCAGAGGGGGCCCGGCCAGGGACCCGAAUGCCUCACCCGGGGCCUCUCAAGUCACCGGUGCCCUUCCUACCUGGGACCAGCCCCUCAGCAGACGGGCCUGACUCUUUCAGCUGUGUGUUUGAGGCCAUCUUGGAGUCCCACAGGGCCAAAGGCACCUCCUAUACCAGCCUCGCCUCCCUGGAAGCCCUGGCCUCACCUGGCCCAACUCAGAGUCCCUUCUUCACCUUCGAGCUGCCCCCACAGCCCCCUGCCCCCCGGCCUGACCCCUCUGCUCCUGCCCCACUUGCCCCUCUUGAGCCAGGUUCUGGUACCAGCUCUGAUGGGCCUUGGACACAGAGAGAGGAGGAGGCUGAGGUUGGCGCCAAGCUGGCCCCAGAGAGGGCGCCCUCUAGUCCCUGCCACUCUGAGGACAGCUUUGGGCUGGGGGCAGCACCCCUGGGCAGUGAACUACCCCUGAGCCAGCUGGUGUCCGACUCGGACUCAGAGCUGGACAGCACAGAGCAGCUGGCCCUGGGAAGUACAGACACCUUGUCCAAUGGGCAGAAGGCAGACCUGGCAGCGGCGCAGCGCUUAGCCAAGCGGCUGUACAGGCUGGACGGCUUCCGGAAGGCUGAUGUGGCCCGGCACCUGGGCAAGAACAAUGACUUCAGCAGACUAGUGGCUGGGGAGUACCUCAAGUUCUUUGUCUUCACGGGCAUGACUCUGGACCAAGCUCUCAGGGUUUUUCUGAAAGAGCUGGCCUUAAUGGGUGAGACCCAGGAGCGGGAGCGUGUGCUGGCCCACUUUUCCCAACGAUACUUCCAGUGCAAUCCCAGCGCCUUGUCCUCAGAGGACGGUGCCCACACGCUCACCUGCGCCCUCAUGCUCCUGAACACGGAUCUCCAUGGCCACAACAUCGGGAAGCGAAUGACCUGCGGGGACUUCAUUGGGAACCUGGAGGGCCUUAACGAAGGCGGAGACUUCCCCAGGGAGCUGCUCAAGGCCUUGUACAGCUCCAUCAAGAAUGAGAAGUUACAGUGGGCCAUAGACGAGGAGGAACUGCGGCGCUCUCUGUCCGAGUUGGCCGACCCCAACCCCAAAGUCAUCAAGAGGGUCAGCGGGGGCAGUGGCAGCGGCUCCAGCCCUUUCCUGGACCUGACUCCCGAGCCGGGAGCCACGGUCUACAAGCACGGGCUCCUGGUGCGAAAGGUGCACGCGGACCCUGACUGCCGGAAGACACCGCGGGGCAAGAGGGGCUGGAAGAACUUCCACUGCAUCCUGAAGGGCAUGAUCCUCUACCUGCAGAAGGAGGAGUACCAGCCUGGGAAGGGCCUGUCGGAGACGGAGCUAAAGAACGCCAUCAGCAUCCACCACGCACUGGCCACGCGCGCCAGUGACUACAGCAAGCGGCCCCACGUCUUCUACCUGCGCACAGCCGACUGGAGGGUCUUCCUCUUCCAGGCCCCGAGCCUGGAGCAGAUGCAGUCCUGGAUCACGCGUAUCAACGUCGUAGCGGCCAUGUUCUCUGCGCCCCCCUUCCCAGCGGCUGUUAGCUCCCAGAAGAAGUUCAGCCGCCCUCUGCUGCCCAGUGCUGCCACCCGACUCUCCCAGGAGGAGCAAGUGCGGACCCAUGAGGCCAAGCUGAAGGCCAUGGCCGGUGAGUUGCGGGAGCACCAGGCUGCACACCUGGGCAAGAAGGCCCGGGGCAAGGAGGCUGAGGAGCAGCAGCAGAAGGAGGCCUAUCUGGAGUUUGAGAAAUCUCGCUAUGGCACUUACGCGGCCCUGCUCCGGGUCAAGCUGAAGGCUGGCAGUGAGGAGCUGGACGUGGUAGAGGCAGCACUUGCUCAAGCCGGGAGCACUGAAGACGGAGUCCCCCACCCUCACUCUAGCCCCACCCUGCAGCCCAACACCUCCAGCCAGCCCCGUGCCCGUGCCCAUGCCCAUCGCCACCACGGCUCUGAGCCUCGGGCAGGGGCAGGCAGUGGGCGGCGGAAGUCCUGAGCCAGGGGUUGGAGUGUGGGAGGGGGGGUGUCCCAAGGGCACCUGCAUGAUGUGGCCCUGCCUGAGCCCGGGCAGGCCUCGGGCCACCCCAGAGGGUCUCUGGCCCAGGGCCCUACCGCGCCGGACGCGGUGUCCGGGGGCAGGGCAGGGCAUGGGCCUUGGGAGCCUGGGCUAAGGACCCUCCCAAGACCACCCCCUUUUGUGAUAAUGUUUUGCACUUUUUCGUACAGGGUGGUGGUGGUGGGAAGGGUCAGGGCUCAGGGCCCCUGGACUUUUGAAGUCUUUUUUUUUUGCGGGGGUGUGUGGGGGGGAUGAGGGCUGAUGACGUUCUUGCUUUCUGCCGAGACUACCCCACUUGGACACCAGCAAUCUCCCAGUGCCCUGGGGCCGGGCUCAGACCAGGCCAGAAUUGGGCUAAGCUGGUUUCCUUCCUCCCUCCCCAAGGGCUCAUUCUUCCCAGAGGUGGAGGAAAGGUGUCCAGGCCAAGGCCCCUGGCCCUCAAGGCCCCUGGCUGGUUCACCCCCUGGCCUGUGAGGCUCCUAGCCAGUGAGGCCCCUGACUGGUAAGGCCCCUGGCUGGCAAGGUCCUUGACUGUGGAGGUCCCUAAACAGAGAGGCCCUUAACUGGUGAGGCCCCUGAGCAGAGAGGCCCCUGGCCAGCUGGGCCCCUGUGUACAGGCUAGCAGCACUGGCUGGCUUGCCCUUCAACAUUGGGCCCUGCCCUUUGUACAGCCUCCACCCCAUUAAAUCUGCUCUGGACUUGCUG